AUGACCGUGACUGGUUUAAUCUUCUCGAAAAAAUCGAGAGAAGCUUUACACGAGGCGAACGUCUCGACCGCUUCUUUGAGUUUGAUUGGAUGUGUGUUUAUUCUUCUAAACGUGCUCGUUUUGGCGCCAUCGACGAGACAAUCGAGAGCGGCUCGAUUGAUUUACAUGCUCGCCGUGGCGGAUUUUGGAUAUUGCGUCUCGGUGUUAUCGUUCGAUACGACCAAGUUGGAGGAGUUGAUGAGUAGUAGUGGUAGUAAUUACUCGACGCCGUUGGGGUGCCGAGCGCAAGGAUUUUUUAUACAGCUGUUUUCGAUGCAAACGGCGAUGUGGUCGAUAUCGAUGUCGCAUUUCACGUACAGCUUAGUCGUGAAGAAACAAAGCGGACGGGAAACGAGAGACGUGAAGUACUAUUUUGUGGUCAUUUUCCUCUCGUCCGUGGCGUUGUCCGUCUUGCCGUUGUUUCGAAAUUUGUACGGCGACGCGAGAAUCGGUAAGUGUCACAUCAAAAACGACGGCACUCAGUUGGCGGUGACGGCGAGGUUUAUGCUCUUUUAUCUUCCAAUUUGGGUGAUUAUGGCUGCAAACACGUACAUUUGGGUGAAGAUUUUCAAGACGUUGAGAACGUUGAGAACGUUUUUGAUGGAGAGCAGGAUGAACGCGAACGUUGUGGUAGAAGAAGUAGAAGAAGAUGAUGAUUAUAACGAAGACGGAGAUUGGGCGAAAGUGGACGUUAUGGAGGAGGAAGAGAGGGACGAGAGUUCCACCUCGCGAGUAGCCUCGAAACGCGCGGUGAAGAAAGCGGAGAGUUUAGUGUACGCGUUAGCGGCGUAUCCGAUUAUUCAAAUCAUUACGAAUAUCCCGGGAACGUUCAUGCGUUUAGAGAACUUGUUCCAAUACGAGAAACCCGACGUGAACGUGUAUCUAGCCAUCACGCACGUGAUCUUGAAGAAUUUGCAAGGCUUUUUCCACGCGUUGGUGUUUAUUUUUGUGCAUCCGAACAAAACAGAAGUCGCGGAGACUUUAGGUGCAUGUUUUUAUUGUUUCGUCGGUAACAGUAGGAGGAGGGCCAGGAGAUGGGGAGGAGGAAUAGAAUUAGCGGAAGAAGAAGGAGAGGGAUUAAAUACUAAUAGAGAGUUGAUGCCGUUGGAGUUUGAACGUAGCGAUGUCGCGGCUUAG